AUGGGGUCAAAUCCCGUGACCACAACCAUCGAGCUGACCGCUCAGGAAGCUCGGCUCAAAGGUCUUUUACUAGACGUUGCUCGCUUCAUCGACGAGUCAAAGUCGUCCCCUGAUGAGCCGGUAGUAUUGCGCUGGGCUGGUGGGUGGGUGCGGGACAAGCUUCUUGGUAUUGCAUCCCAUGAUAUUGACACAGCGAUCAACACCAUGACGGGAGAAGCUUUCAGCUCCAAGAUUGUGGAACUGUGCGAGCAACCAGAAAUCGCCACGAAGCAUGGUGUUAGUGCCACCGAUAUUGGCAACCUUCACAAGAUUGCAGCAAAUCCCGAAAAGUCAAAGCAUUUGGAGACUACUACAAUUAGACUCCUGGGUUACGAUGUUGAUUUUGUCAAUCUUCGCAAGGAGACGUACACCGAAGACAGUCGUAAUCCACAGAUGGAGUUUGGUACAGCUGAAGAAGACGCAUUGCGCCGAGAUGCUACAAUCAAUGCGCUCUUCUACAAUCUUAACACCGGCAAGGUCGAGGACUUCACAGGCGGCUUGGUAGACAUGGAGUCGAAACUCAUCAGAACACCGUUGGAACCAUUUCAGACGUUUAUGGACGAUCCUCUGAGAGUUCUGCGACUGAUCCGGUUUGCCAGCCGCUUGGAAUUCACCAUUGACUCAGAAGCUGAGCAGGCUAUGAGUGACCAUCGUGUGCUGGAUGCACUACGAAUGAAGAUCAGCCGGGAACGAGUGGGUGUGGAAUUCGAGAAAAUGCUGAAAAGCAGCCAUCCACGCAAUGCACUGGAGAGAAUACAUAAACUCGGCUUGUACCAUACUGUAUUCACAGAUCCUGAGAAGCACGACAUGCCCAAACCCGACAUAACAAACUUUAGCACAUCGUAUGAAUGUCUCGAUUCUUUACGCCAAAACAAGACACCAGGAUCAAUUUACGAUGUACUUGUCCGUUCGGACGAAGCGAACUACUUCGCAUGGGUUCUAGCAGCUCUAACCCCGUGGGAAUUUGUUGCACCCGUCCCUUAUCACGGCGAGGGCAAGCCACCGCUACCUUGGGCUACUCUUGCGGCACGGGAAGGCAUCAAAGCACCGAACAAAUUAAGUGAUGUCAUCACCGCUUCUCACAAGCAUAGAGACGAGAUUCUGGCUUUCAAAGCUGCAGUCUGCGAGAAGGCAUCUUACAUUCAAGAGAGGGAUCGUUUCGGAAUGGCUAUUCGAGAAUGGGAGGCAAGAGGUGGACACUGGAAGCUACAGGUGUUGUCGGCUCUGUUAUACGACGCAUUGCAGUCUCUGCCACCAAAGGCUGCGUCACCCAACGACCCAGCUUUCGUUGCGGGAUGGCAAUCUUUCCUGGACCAUCUCCAAGGGUUGGAUGUGAUGGAGGCGCCAACGCUGAAGCGAAUCAUCGAUGGAAAACAGCUCGCUAAAGCUCUGGGGGCUAAACCGGGAAUCUGGAUGGCUAAGGCCUUGGAUAUUUGCGUAGCAUGGCAACUUCGAAAUCCCAACGCCACGGAUCCCACCGGUGCCAUUGAAGAAGUCCGCAGCAAGAAAGACGAGUAUAACUUUCCAAUCUAA